CUCUGUUUCUUCCUUCUCUCCUUCAGACAGGCAGGAUUGACAAGUCCUACCCAACAGUGUGUGGGCACACGGGACCCGUGCUGGACAUCGACUGGUGUCCUCACAACGACCAGGUCAUCGCCAGCGGCUCCGAGGACUGCACUGUCAUGGUGUGGCAGAUCCCUGAGAACGGCCUCACCCUGUCCCUGACGGAGCCAGUGGUGGUGUUGGAAGGACACUCCAAGAGGGUGGGCAUCGUGGCCUGGCACCCGACGGCGCGCAACGUGCUGCUCAGCGCAGGCUGUGACAAUGCCAUCAUCAUCUGGAAUGUGGGAACGGGUGAAGCCCUCAUUAACCUGGAUGACAUGCACGUGGAUAUGAUUUACAACGUCAGCUGGAAUCGCAAUGGCAGCCUGAUCUGUACAGCUUCCAAAGACAAAAAAGUCCGAGUCAUUGACCCUAGGAAACAAGAAAUUGUUGCUGAGAAAGAGAAGACCCAUGAGGGAGCCCGGCCCAUGCGAGCCAUCUUCCUUGCUGAUGGCAACAUCUUCACGACGGGCUUCAGCCGCAUGAGCGAACGGCAGCUCGCCCUCUGGAACCCAAAAAACAUGGAGGAGCCCAUAGCCCUUCAUGAGAUGGACACCAGCAAUGGGGUCCUGCUGCCCUUCUACGAUCCAGACACCAACAUCAUCUACUUGUGUGGCAAGGGUGACAGCAGCAUUCGCUACUUUGAGAUCACGGACGAGUCCCCCUACGUUCACUACCUCAACACCUUCAGCAGCAAAGAGCCACAGAGGGGCAUGGGCUUCAUGCCAAAGAGGGGCCUUGAUGUCAACAAGUGUGAGAUUGCCAGGUUCUUCAAGCUCCACGAGAGGAAAUGUGAGCCCAUCAUCAUGACGGUUCCUAGAAAGUCUGACCUCUUCCAGGAUGACCUGUACCCAGAUACAGCUGGCCCAGAAGCAGCUCUGGAAGCAGAGGAGUGGUUUGAGGGGAAGAACGCCGAUCCCCUUCUCAUCUCCUUGAAGCAUGGGUACAUUCCAGGCAAGAACAGGGACCUCAAGGUGGUCAAGAAGAACAUACUGGACAACAAGCCUGCUGCAAACAAGAAAAGUGAUCUCAUAAAUGCUCCAAAGAAAGCAGCUGAUGCCUCAAAUACUCAAAACGAAGCCAAAUUGGACGAGAUCCUGAAGGAGCUGAAGUCCAUCAAGGACACCAUCACGGCGCAGGACGAGCGCAUCUCCAAGCUGGAGCAGCAGGUGGCCAAGAUCGGAGACUGAGCGGGGCGAGCGCUGGCCCAGGCACAUUCCAGCCCCCCCAGUUUGGCCAGCAGCAGCCAGCAGCAUUCCAGUAUGAGCUUUCCUCUUCUAAACUCACCUCAACGAGAGCUGAUGAUUAAAAGCCAAGCUUUUUAGUGAAAGAGAUUUUUUUUUUUCUCCUCUCCCCUGAUGUUUU